AUGUUCAUGUGUCGAUGCUGUAAUUGGGCAUAUCCUGAUAAGACAAGCUUACAUAUACAUAUGCAGAGUAUGUUGCGGAAUGGUACUCCUGGUGACGUUUCUGUUCUUGCCAGAAGUUCUAGCGAUGGUCCGGGAAUGGCUGGAGUCGUGGGAGAAAUGUCACCGAGAGAGCUUGAAGGAAGUCCAUCAGUAAGUCCUCCAGAAACCUGUGGAAAUGAAUCACCACCAGGCGAACAAACACAUACUAAAAGUUCAUUAUUUGGUAAUAGUAAUGGUUUACUGGACGGAUCCAUAUUUCCGGCGACGCUCAAUAAUACCGAUAGUUUAUUUCGAUUUACAGCCAAGCCAGAUAAUUUGCUAACACAAAUGAGCAUGGAUACCAGUAGUCAAAACAACUGGUUGACAGCAUGGUUGGCAAAUAAUGCUUUUACUGUGGCGCCUUUCAAUUCUACUAAUUUGUUGACAGUGACAAGUAGUGUAGAGGGUAUAAAUUUGCAAAAAAAGGGAACGACAACAACAAAUAUAACUUUGAAAGUGGAAUCGAAGGAGGAUGAACAAAUUUCAACUGGCAUUGAUAUCAGUGCUGCUAAGACCACCUCCCUUGCAUCUCCAAGUAAAACACCAAAUUCCACCUCUUCGCAGGAAUGUAAGCGAUCGGUGAAUGGAAGCUCAUUGGAUGAUUUACUUGAAAAGAAAGGUCUAAGUGUUACUCGCAAUCAUCGAAAUAAACGGAAAGCCAGCAAUCCUCAACAACUACGGGCGUCAACAGCUUUUGUUGGUGCAGACGAUGAAGACGAUGAAGGAUUUGCUGCACUACCACAAAAGCAGAAUAUCGUUGAUACAAAUACCAAAAUAGACGACUGCGGUAAAUCAGUCAACGGUGGGCUUCCUCCAACGGCAACAGCAGCAACAGUGUGCAGAACAACCUCGAAUGGUGUUACACUGGUUGAUGCUUCCACUAGCCCUAUUAAGAGCUGUGACUGCACGGUGCUAAAAGCCAAACAUGGCGUAGCAGAAACGAGAAAUCAGUCCCCUGAUACGAAAAUUUUGAAUCAUGAAGUGGAAACUGACCGCCUGGAUAUUCAGUUAACGGGACUGGACAUAACACUACGACAAUUUGAACAUGAAAAGGAAGAGCUCAGACAUCAAAUUGAGAUAUUUGAGGAAAUUUUAAUUGGUUAUCAGCAAAGUGCAUUAGCAGCUUUGGCGCUCUUACAAAAUGGAGGUCCAGAUGCAAUCCCAGCAAUUAAAAAAUUGAUGGAAAAUUUGCUACAAUAA